AUGAAGGUCGCGCCAGUUAUGGAUGAAGUUUUCGAUCUUCGUAGGAAAAUCCAUAUUAUGAACGCCGAGAACUUCAUCAGAGCCAAAAAUGAGCAUUCUCUCUUAAUCGCUCAGGUAGACGGGAUGAAAAUUGAUACUUUUGCUGAUGAGCUCAAGGAAAAAGUUGAAGCCAUUCGUCGCAAAGGUGCUUACUACUCAGUUCGUGGAGGAAUGAAUUUUGUGCGCUACACCAAAAGCCUCUCCGAACUCAACACCAUUCUUCGCCGUAUUCUUUCCGGGCAACAGAUCAACAUUGAUAACUGA